GCAAGCGGUGGUUAAAGAUUCAGUUAACUGGUGCCUGGCACCGAACCGCCUUUUUUUCUUCAUUCGUUUUCGAAACCCGUGAGCUCGGAGAGCUCCGAACUGUCGUCCGAUCAUCCAAACGACGUCGUCGUACCGAAGCCCUAACCCCUAACCUAAGAACCCUAAUUUCGAAUUCGUUCUUUCAGUAUCGGCAUUUUAGGUCUCGAUGAGGGGCGUAAAGCCGUUGCCGGAGGCGGUUCGUAGCUCGGUGCGUUCUGGAGUUGUCCUGUACGACCUGACGAGCGUUGUGGAGGAGCUGAUUUUCAAUAGCUUGGAUGCCAGUGCAACGAAGGUAUCGGUUUUCGUAGGUGUUGGGACAUACUAUGUAAAAGUAGUGGAUGAUGGGCGCGGGAUUACUCGUGAUGGAUUGGUGUUGGUGGGAGAAAGAUAUGCAGCAACGUCAAAGUUUGAUCAUUCUACUAAGACGGAUGCUGGAACUGGGAGCUUUGGUUUCCGAGGAGAAGCAUUGGCUUCCAUUUCUGAUGUUUCAUUGUUAGAAAUCUUAACAAAAGCUUAUGGGAGGGCAAAUGGGUAUCGCAAAGUCAUGAAGGGAUGCAAAUGUUUGUAUCUUGGAGUAGAUGAUGACAGGAAGGAUGUGGGCACUACAGUUGUUGUUCGUGAUCUGUUUUACAAUCAACCAGUUCGGAGGAAGUACAUGCAAUCCAGCCCCAAGAAAGUAUUGGACUCUGUCAACAAAUGUGUACAUCGGAUUGCCCUUGUGCACUCAGAUGUUUCUUUUAAAGUUGUAGAUAUUGAAAGUGAGGAUGAGCUUCUUCGUACAAUUCCUUCUCCCUCUCCCUUGACACUAUUGAAAAGGACUUUUGGGACUGAGGUCGCCGACACUCUUCAUGCAUUGAACACAAGUGAUGGCAAAUUACAGCUUUCUGGAUACAUAUCUAGCCCUUGCAAUAAUGUCACCAAUAAGGCCUUCCAGUAUAUCUAUAUUAACUUGCGGUUCGUUUGCAAAGGGCCAAUUCAUAAAUUGCUUAAUCAGCUGGCCAAUACUUUUGAAAUCUGGGAUCCAGGUAAGGCUAUUGAUGGGUCCCAAAAUAGGAAGCGAAGUAGGCCUCAGGCAUUUGCAGCUUAUGUUUUGAAUUUAAGCUGUCCCCAAAUAUUUUAUGAUUUAACCUUUGAACCAUCAAAGACAUAUGUGGAGUUCAAGGAUUGGGCUCCGGUACUCGCCUUUAUUGAUAAGGCCAUUCAGAAAUUCUGGAAGGAAAAGAUGCCUGAUGGAGAAUCUGGUUGUCAUGGAGCUGAUAUUUUCAUAGAAGAUCAAAUGCGGAAGAAAGGUGGCAACAUUAAAUCUACAGAUGAAAAUUUACUUGAUGGAGAUUUGUCAGAACUCUCUAAGUUUGGGAAAAAAGAGAGCAGGCAAAUUUGUCAGGCUUCUCCUGACAUUAUGGAUGUGUUAAUUCAAGAAGAGAACCGUACAUCUCAGAAGAAACAUGUCAGAAUGCCAUUUGAAUAUACUGAAGAUUUCAAUGGCUUCCAAGGGCAACUUGUUGGGAUUGAAUUGAGUCCUCACACUGAUUAUUCUUUUCAAUCACGGGAUGAUUGUCUAGACAAAUGCAUGCUAACAACUCAACAGAAGGAAAAUCAUCCUUGGAUGUCGGAUAUCAAACAUUUCUCUGAUGAAGAUUAUAUCCUUGAGAAUAGAUCCACUGCUGCAGAAAGAUCCAGUAAUGUGGAGGACAAUAUCUUUAGCUCAGAAUGGAAAGAUGAGCCCUUUAAAGUUGAUCCCAGUGUUGGCAUUGGUUCAGCAAGUAGUAGAGUAUCUUAUGACCGGCAUGAAUUCGAUAGCGAUGUAGAGUUCACCCAGAAUCUAGUACAACCGUUCCUCAAGAGUUGUUCCUCAAAAGAAAGUUUUCUAUAUGAGAGGGAUCUGUGUGCAGAUAAUGGGAUUAAAUAUCAAAGUGAUGGCUUCGGGAACAAGAGAAGGCGGGGUGGCUCUUCUAACAGUGGUGAAAUUCCAGAAAUUGACGGCAGCAAGAGUUUUGAUUUCUUGUGGCCAGAGGAGGAAUCAAGUGCUCGGCCCUUAACCAAAAUUUUGACAAAAUUUGACCUGUCUACAGAGUUUGAUUCUCCGUCAAGAGCUUUUAUAAAGUCACGUCCACACUAUGGGGAGCAGUUUUAUGAAGAAAGUUCAGUCAUGAAUGUAGAGAACAUUGGUUCCUGCCAUAGGACCUUAAAUAAUGAUUGGUGCUCGUUGAUCUCGAAUUCGUUAUCCCAAAACACGUAUUUGGACUAUGAACCUGUCUCUGAUAUAAAUGCAGUUGAAGGACAUUAUAGAUCUGUUAAAAGGGCUACUAAUAGGCAUUUUGUGGAUGGUGAAGAAAAGGACUGCACAUAUGGUUAUGGUAUAAUGUCAAAGAGGUCCAGCCGAGAACACUGCACUACGCAUACAGACCAUGAACUGGAUUUUAGUGAUUAUUCAAGUUCAGGAAAAUUCUUUCAGCCACACAAUUUAGAUGGCGAGUUUUCUCCCGAAUGUUCGGAUAUAUUAGCUGACGAGACAGGUUGGUCAUAUUUGCAUGCCCGCAGAAAAGAUAACAUGGGUAUUGAGUUGUAUAAAAAACAAAAAGAUAAUUUUAGAGAUCAAGAUUGUCUACAAAAUCAAUCUUCCAUAGGAAGAUCGAAAAGAAGCCAUUCAGCACCACCAUUCUAUAGAAGCAAGAGGAGGUACUCUACUUUAUGUCAUCCUUUGACAACAACAACAGGCAAACCUGAUGCACAAACCUUUCAUGAUGCACCUACUUAUCCAGAAGUUAGCAAGAUGAAGGAUCUCCAUAAACCUCCUGGUGGUUGCCAUCUAAAUUUGAACUCGAGUUCUCUCGAGGAUUUCCCACUAGCCAUCAGAUCAGAUAUUGAGAAAUCUCAAGAUAUAAAGGCUGGUGUAAACAAGACGCACAAAGUUGAAAUGUUUGAACAGUCUAAAUGUUCUGAGAUUCAAGCCACUGCUCCAAUUAAAGAAUUUAUCUCCAAGGAUCAAAACUCCCUGAACUGUGGGACUAAAUGGCGGAAUUGCUGUCCCCAGAUCACGAGCUCAAGUAAAACACAAGGUCUUGAUGAUCAAAACAUACUUGACAUCUCUUCUGGAUUCUUGCAUCUCUCUUCUGACUCAUUAGUUCCUGAAUCUAUCAACAAGAACUGCCUCAGUGAUUGCAGAGUUCUUCGCCAGGUGGAUAAGAAAUAUAUUGCAGUUAUAGCCGGUACUACACUUGCUGUCAUUGACCAGCAUGCUGCAGAUGAAAGGAUUCGGUUGGAGGAGUUGCGUCAGAAGGUGCUAUGUGGAGAAGGAGAAGCAAAGGCGAUUACUUUUCUGGAUGUUGAACAAGAGUUGGUGCUGCCAGAGAUUGGCUACCAGUUACUGCAUAACUAUGCAAAACCAGUUCAAGAGUGGGGUUGGCUCUGCAACACACAUACUGAAGGUUCAGGGUCCUUCAAGAGGAAUUUGAAUCUCCUUCACAGGCAGCCAACAGCCAUCACACUUAUUGCGGUACCCUGCAUCUUAGGCGUCAAUUUAUCUGACUUGGAUCUUAUGGAAUUUCUUCAGCAGCUUGCUGAUACAGAUGGAUCAUCCACAACGCCACCAUCAGUUCUUCGAAUCCUAAACUCUAAAGCAUGCAGAGGUGCAAUUAUGUUUGGGGAUUCCUUGCUUCCUUCCGAGUGUAACCUCAUCGUUGAAGAGCUAAAGCAGACUUCUCUAUGUUUCCAAUGUGCUCAUGGUCGACCAACAACUGCCCCGCUUGUCAACUUGGAGGCGUUGCAUAAGCAAAUAGCUAAGAUUGCGUCCUCAAAUGAUGGUGCGGAUCAGUUGUGGCAUGGGUUAGGUCGACAUGAACUUAGUCUCGCACGUGCGGAAAAACGUUUAAACUUGGCUAGAAGCUAGAGUGAUGACGAUCCAAUUUUGUUCCAGAGUCACAAUGCCGGCCCUGCCUAUGCGGAAUUGACACAUUCAAAGCCGUAAAUUCAUUCUCAUUCUUUGUACCUAGUGUAUAGCAUGCUUCAUGCUGAUAAAGUACAUAUGCCAUUGCCAGCCCCAUUGAAGAAAAACAAGGAACGUGCCUUUUUAUGAGCACUUGACUGAUCGUGUAACUUGUUUUUCCACAUAAAGAAUAUCAUUUCAUUUUAGUUUUCUGUUAACCAAUCUUGUUUCAGCCAAGAUUUAUGACGUUUUGUCACAACGGUACAAUAGAUGAAAAUCUGUUGUCAUC